CUGCGCUGCAUCUGAACUGUUCAUGGAUAAAACAAAAAGCAGUUUGAAAUCCUUUUAGAUGUUUGUUUGCGAAACUUUUAUUUCCGUCAGAGAAUGACUGUUCUCUAAGGCUUAAGCCUAUAAGCAUUUAGUCCAGUGCCCUUCAGGCCUCUUCAAAACAUUACACAGAGUUUGGGUGGACACUACAUAGCUCAAAUGGACCUCCAUCGGGCUGCCUUUAAGAUAGAAAACUCCUCCUACAUGCCCAAUCCGCUGACCACCCCUGCUCUCAUGGUCCUGGCCUCAACAGCUGAGGCUGGACGCGAUGCCUCUGUACCUUGUCAGCCUCCCAGGCCCUUUGGAGUUCCAGUCACUCUGGAAAAAGACAUGCACCUACCAUUCCCCAGUGGUUCCUACACUUUCACCUCCAUGUACCACCGUCAAGGAGGUUUCCCUGCUCGAGACUUUCCCACCCCUCUUCUCCACCUUCACCCACAGUUUGCUCCACCCAAUCUUGACUGCUCUCCACUCGGUAUGCUCAACCAUGGAAGGGUGGGGGCGUUCCGGCCAUUCUCCUCUCCACCCGAGGAGCGUGACGGUGGGGGAUACCAGUCUGCCUUCCUCCCUGCCAAACGCUUUAAGGGCUGUCUGGAACCAGAGGCAGCACCCCACCUCCGCUACACUGAUGUGGAGGGAAAAGAAUUUGACUUUGGGGUCACUCAUGUCCCUACUGGUUCUCCAAGUGCCCUGAAGGUAACUGAGGAUGUUGGGAAGAAGCUCUUUGGCUUGUCUGGGCUGUUGGCAGAUGCACAGGCUUCAUCCGGCCCAGAGGAGCACAGAGAACCAUGUAAGAAAAAGAUGAAGGGCCUGUAUGACACUCAGACGCCAGUGUGUCCGAUCUGUCAGACUGUGCUGCGGCCAGGAGAGCUGCAGGAACACAUGGAACAAGAAAUGGAGCGACUUAUGCAGAUGCACCACAGUCAGGGUCCAGCUCAAAAAGAGUGUCUCGCUUCUGGGUCGCCUAAGUCUCUGUUCUCUAUGCACAUAAAGAGAGAGGGUUUUUCCUCCGCUUCUUCUCCACGUCCCGCUGAUGAGGCUGUACACUCUGACAGGUACCAGACAUUUUUGCGAGUGCGAGCAAACAGGCAAGCAAGACUCAAUGCACGCAUUGGGAAACUGAAAAGACGGAAAGCUGAGGAGGAUCAGAGAGACGGCAUGUGUGUUGCUGAAGAUGGCUCUGUGCUGUCAGCCGGCAGUGAGUUUGAAUGGGCUGAACAGAGAAGAAUACAGAUGGUUUCGGUUCUCAGAGGUUUCAGAGGUUUGGUGAGCAACACAUUGAAAGAACACCACGACAGCGAUGCAGAUCUGGAUGUGGAUGGUGAUGAUACUAUGGAUUAUGGAAAAGCCCAAUAUACAGAGGCGGAUGUGAUUCCCUGUUCAGACAAUAAACCCAGAGAUGCAGAGGAGAGGCAAGCACUUAGAGCUGUUUUAAAAUAUGGUGGGGACACAUCCAACAGGUUAUCUCCAGAGCAAACCAAGUUGGCAAACUCAGAAGCUCCAACUACAAGUAAUGGAGAGUUUGACAACAACAGAAGCACAUCUCCAAGAACCUGCCAAAACAGCGAAUUAGAGAUUGUAUCGAAUAACCCCUCCCUCAGCAUGCUGGAGUCCCUAAAAACACGGAUCAGAGAUCUGGAGAAGCAGCUCACGCGAGGGGACAGAUACAAGUGUCUCAUCUGCAUGGAUUCCUACACAGUACCACUCACCUCUAUCCAGUGCUGGCAUGUCCACUGUGAGGAAUGCUGGCUUCGCACUCUGGGAGCAAAGAAACUGUGUCCACAGUGCAACACUAUCACCUCACCUGGGGACCUGAGACGAGUGUAUUUGUGAUAAUAGCUGGCCUGUCAUCUGCCUGUUUGCACUCUAUACAAACUGAUCAAUUUUACUGAGGAGACCCUUUCUGGCCAAUGACGCCUUGCACAACAGAGGAAUGAAUGCUGACAUUUAAUAAGUUCCUGUCAAAAUGCAACCCAGUUAGAUGAAGACCACUGUGACCAGUUUUCAUUUCUUGAUGAAAUGGUAAAAUGUUAUGGUAUAAACCUUCACAAUAAUGUGCCAUAACAAUAAUGUGAGGACAGUAAAACUGAUCACAAAAUGGUGUUUCAAUGUAUAGAAUCUUUUCAUCAAGAAUAAAAUAUUGUUUUUAAGUUAUUCUCACAAAGAAAGAUAUAAAGCAAUCUGUCCAACAGCUUUAUAAAUGUUUGCAACAAACACUGAAUAGAUUUUUUCCAA